CCCUGUUUCUGUACAUUUUAAGAAGAGUCAAGAGCAAGCUACAGCUGAAAUAUCACCGCUCUCCUGUCCUUCGCUUGGUAAUAGGUGAUGCUCGUGAGAAGAGAGGCCUAGAACUGUUCGAUGCUUCGAGCGACACUGUUAAAGCAAGAACCUGAGAUGUGACUCUGUAGUUGUUCUACACUGCCUUUAAGAUGGGAGGUGAGUUCACUGGAGAAGAAGACAUGGAAGUCUUGCCUUCCAUGUGGCCUGAAGAUAUUGGGAAUGGAGCCAGAAAGCAGUUCAACAUGGAACAGCCGGGGGCGGAUCGGGAUAUGCUGGAAGAUGUUACAAUCAAAGAAGAACCUUCUGUUGUGGAUUUCAAACGCCUCUUAGAACUAACCAAUUACAGUGAGAAGGGUUCCUCUCAGCUGACAUACCUCGUAAAACACUGGGAGUAUAGGCACACUAAUGCUGUUCGGCUUCUCAAUGAAGAGCUCAACAUCCUAAGCAAACAAAGACAGGAAGUUGAACUCAAGAAACUAGAGAUCCUAGAGGAGCAUCGUUUUGAGGAUGACAAACAUGCUGGUUCCAAACGUCCGGUAUCUAUUUUGGAGGAAGCUUGUGACGUAUGGGGAAGAGUCCCAAGGAAGAGAAGUGAUAGUGUUGCUUAUAACAGGAAACUUGACAUAGAUGCAGAGUAUGAUACUGCCAUGUACUGGAAGCUGCGGGCUUUGCAAGUAGAAAAAAUGCUCGAGGAAACUAUUAAAAGAGAGGAUGCUCUCAUGCAAAAGUUGCAGGAGAACAUUAAGAACCUCGAAACACAGUCAUCGCCAGUGGAGGAAUUGUCUCAGAUCUUAAAAAGGGCUGAUAAUUUCUUACACUUUAUUCUUCAGACUGCACCUGUAGUCAUUGGUCAUCAGGACAAGGAGUUGCGGUAUCGAUUCAUCUACAAUCACUUUCCAAGGCUUGAAGAGGAGGACAUUAUAGGUAAAACUGAUGAAGAGAUAUUCUCCGGGGCUGGUGUAAAAGAGAUUCAGGAUUUCAAGAGGGAAGUCUUGGAGCGAGGUUCACCUGCGAAGAGGGAAAUAACAUUUGAUACCCCAUUAUUUGGAUCAAAGACCUUUCUGAUAUAUGUUGAACCAGUUUUCAGCAAGGCAGGAGAUACAAUUGGUGUGAAUUAUAUGGGAAUGGAUGUUACUGAUCAGGUGGCAAGAAGGGAGAGAAUGGCUAAGCUAAGGGAGGAGAUAGCUGUCCAAAAGGCCAAAGAGACAGAACUUAAUAAAACAAUUCAUAUUACAGAGGAAACAAUGCGGGCAAAGCAAAUGCUAGCAACCAUGUCUCAUGAGAUAAGAUCUCCUCUUACUGGGGUUGUCGGUAUGGCUGAGAUUCUGGCGACCACUAAAUUGGAUAAAGAACAACGUCAAUUGCUGGAUGUGAUGCUCUCUUCCGGAGAUCUGGUUCUCCAACUUAUAAAUGAUAUACUUGACCUUUCCAAGGUUGAAUCAGGAGCUAUGAAGUUGGAGGAUACAAAAUUUAGACCAAGAGAGGUAGUUAGACAUGUCCUCCAGACUGCUGCUGCAUCUUUGAAGAAGGAACUGACAUUGGAAGGACAUGUAGCUGACGAUGUUCCUGUCGAGGUUUUUGGCGAUGUUUUAAGAAUUCGGCAAAUUUUGACCAACUUGAUUAGCAAUGCAAUCAAGUUUACACAUGAAGGGAAAGUUGGGAUAAACCUUCAUGCCGUGUCCGAGCAAUGUCCUGGAUGUCGAGAACGAUGCAAGCAAGGUCUAACAGCUGCUUUACAAUCAACAAGACUAGCAAAAGAGAAUUCUUCAGAAACUCAAAGUUAUAUCGAUCAAGAAAGUUCACAUUGUUCAACUUGUCAAAAAGAUCUUGACCAAAACAGUACCAAGAAGCAUCAUUUGACUAAUGAAGAUACCGAGAAGCACAAUCAACAGUAUGAAAAAAUAGUGUGGCUACGCUGUGAAGUAUACGACACUGGUAUUGGAAUACCAGAAAAGGCAUUACCUUCAUUGUUCAAGAAGUAUAUGCAAGCUAGUGCAGAUCAUGCUCGGAAGUAUGGUGGAACAGGGCUUGGCCUCGCAAUCUGCAAACAAUUGGUGGAGCUGAUGGGUGGAAAUCUUACUGUGACCAGCAAAGAGCAUUGUGGAUCGACAUUUACCUUUGUGUUGCCCUGUAAAGUUCCUUCAAAGAGGGAACAUUCAGAUGAUCAUGAUGAAAAUGAAGACAUUUCUGAUUCUGAAAUUACAGCUGAUUCCAAUAGUGAUGAAAUUAAUGGGUCGUUUAUUUUUAAGCCUCUAACACGGGGUACUUUAUUCUCAUCUGACGGAUCCAGGGUUCGUGAGACAAAACUCUUUGGCAGUAGCGCACUUAAUGCCUUACAUAUUUCAAAUGGUUUGUCAGAGUCUGACUCAUUCUCCUCUAAUGAUUGCACAUCAAGGAAGAGGGCUUCUUUUGAUAAGGUCUCUUCAAUUUCUGACGCAAAAAAGACACAGGCUGAACCUAAGGGGCCUGCACAGCAAAGCCUAGGGAAUGAUGUUAAUGAUUUUGAGGGGAUAAACAGAAGAGAUGAAGGAUGUCAAGAUUCUAGAAAUGGCUUUGUAAUGCAUAAAUUUGACAGAUCUAUUAUGGAUUCCAGUAGAACCCAGAGGAUUACAGGUUUGCAGCAAGGCAAGAUGGCAUCAUCAGAUAGAGCUGAUAUGGCUGAAAGUGGCAAGAGCCUACAAACUUGUCAAAGCCCGACGUGUGAGAAAGAAGAUAACAGCAUAUCAGAUAGAAAUUCAUUCAAGAUUCUUCUUGUAGAAGAUAACAAGAUCAAUGUAAUGGUGGCACAGUCAAUGAUGAAGCAGUUGGGUCAUAGAAUAGAUGUUGUGAAUAAUGGGUUAGAAGCCAUACAUGCAGUGCAGCGUUCUCAUUAUGAUCUUAUUUUUAUGGAUGUUUGCAUGCCAGUAAUGGAUGGCAUGCAAGCCACCAGAUUAAUUCGCUCAUUUGAAGAAAAUGGUUUCUGGGAUGCUUCUGUAACAAAUGGAGAUGAUCACGCCAUGACUGGCUCAGAUACACUAAUAGAUGGUCCAACUGCAGGACAAUGCAGAAAAAGAAUUCCUAUCAUCGCAAUGACGGCAAAUUCACUAGCUGAGAGUGCUGCUGAUUGCCUUGCCAAUGGUAUGGAUUCAUUUGUAUCUAAGCCAGUGACCUUUCAGAAUUUGAAACAAUGUCUCAAGCAGUACGUACCGUGUUGAAUAUUGUAAAGUGGUUCUUGCAAAAUAGAAAAAUAAUAAUGUAACCAAAGAAAAUUUUGUAAUUAAUAUAUUAAUAUAUCUUCUGUUUGCUUGUCAA